AUGCCCCCGCGUCCAGACGCAAGCUCGGCCAGCGCCCCAAUGCGAGCUGGUCUGGCGGGUUUGCGCUUCAAAAAGACGCCGCGCGAGGCUCAUACCGUCGCAGACACACCGAGCAUCCCGCCAUCGCACAGUACGGGAAACGAAUCUCUAGUGUCUCUAGUCCCACCCACCACUCCUCGCUUACUACCAUCUAGGCGACGGGAUCUGAACUCCAGCCCUUCCCUACCAGCAGCGACACAGCCGCAGCAUGCAUCGGUCGUCGCGUCACCGUCAACGCCUGCGCCUGUCCCUGACCGUGGUACCACCCUCCCAGCGCUCCGAUUUGGAGUUAACACGCAUGCCACAGCUCCUGCCGUUUGCCAGGCGUUUGAAGGCAAGGUCGCUGCGCAGGGCUUCUUCCAAGGGAUGGUGAUCACAUCACCGAACAUGGACUACGUGCCCGAAUAUCCAGCCGAAUGCAAAGUCAUCGAGACGUACGCCGACGGCAGGUGGGGAUUGCGGGAGUAUUCGCGGUGGCCGCAAGUCCUAGUUCCUGACAUGAUGCACAUACCCUGCAUCCCUCGACGCCCGGCCAUGCAAAGUCACGAAGUGCUUUGGGACAACCUCUUGCCAACCUCCGCGUGGGAAGAAGAUUCGCUAACUGGUGUCAGGGAUUUGGGAUAUAUCAAGAAGGAGAUACGCACCCGGCUGACAAUGGCAGCAGAGUGGCAUAUAAGCAAGUUCGAGCUGGUUCUCAACACCAUGCAACAUCGUCCGGAGCAGUACUGCGCCCACGGUACCGUACUUGUGACAAUCCUCCGCCAGGCAUUAGAUCGUAUGAACAAGUUGCCUUCCGCCGCACGUACCUCCAUCGCCGUCGCCGCCCACGCCCAAUGCAUCUCCCUGGAACUAGCCGGCAUGUGCACAUAUCUCGAAGUCGUACACCGUCGACUGUCUGGCGGUCUCGAUCACAGCUGGGAAGUUCUGCCUGUCGUGGGGACGUUCGUCCGAGAGGGCACCGGCGCCCAGACUUGCACUAGGAUCGGGUUGCCCACGUGGUUUCUCCAGCCUCUCACACACACGGUCAAGAUAUGGCGCGUCGUGCCGCUCAAAACCUUACCGGCGGAUAUGUCUGGAACCCCAUGCGAGCCGCCUGUCUAUCACGAACCUGGUGUAGUGGCAGGGAUCGCGAACCUUACCGGCAACUGGCAGCGCGUAAUGGUGUUGGCCGUCUCGAAGCUCGUUUGCGGCACGCACGUUCCGGACUUGCAGACGACAGACACACCGGCCGUCAUGUCCAUCGCGGAGCAACGUUCGGAAGGCAAGAGAGCCCGCCUGGACGGCUCCGACGUGCAUUCGAAGCACCUCGAUAUGCGGCCGGCGGUUGCAAGCGGCGAACAAGGCCAGAAGCGGAAGAAGAAUCGUCGGGAUCGCAGGCGCCAGGUGGCUGCCGACAGCGGCGCGGCGGCUGACGCGCUCACAGUGUCUCUUCCUCAGCCAUCCAAGUCCUUUAUCCCAUCGCCCUUCUAUCAUGUUCCCGACUCGUGGGCUCGUGCGUUGCAGGACGUCUCGCCUGUUCCUCGUCUUGAGGCGUCCGCGCUGUACUUCUUCCCCCCGCCCUUCCUUCUCGACACCGUCUCUUCGCAGCUACCCAUGUCAUCGGAAUGUGUCUGCCCUACCGCUGCACGAAACGACGACAAGAUAUUGAGAUACCUGCACAGCCACCUCCGCAUCCGACGCUUCUGCCCUCGUUGCGGCACGCACGUUCCGGACUUGCAGACGACAGACACACCGGCCGUCAUGUCCAUCGCGGAGCAACGUUCGGAAGGCAAGAGAGCCCGCCUGGACGGCUCCGACGUGCAUUCGAAGCACCUCGAUAUGCGGCCGGCGGUUGCAAGCGGCGAACAAGGCCAGAAGCGGAAGAAGAAUCGUCGGGAUCGCAGGCGCCAGGUGGCUGCCGACAGCGGCGCGGCGGCUGACGCGCUCACAGUGUCUCUUCCUCAGCCAUCCAAGUCCUUUAUCCCAUCGCCCUUCUAUCAUGUUCCCGACUCGUGGGCUCGUGCGUUGCAGGACGUCUCGCCUGUUCCUCGUCUUGAGGCGUCCGCGCUGUACUUCUUCCCCCCGCCCUUCCUUCUCGACACCGUCUCUUCGCAGCUACCCAUGUCAUCGGAAUGUGUCUGCCCUACCGCUGCACGAAACGACGACAAGAUAUUGAGAUACCUGCACAGCCACCUCCGCAUCCGACGCUUCUGCCGUACGCGCCUGUUCGACCCAUCCAUGUCAAGCGUACCCCUGACGGUUGCCGAAUGGCGAGCGGCUCUUUGGGGUGAAUUCAGCGAGAAAGACGCCGAAAUCACAGGGAGCAGCGCAGCGGAUGUCCGACGGGCAAAGCGCCGUCGCGAGGAGCGGAAUGCGAUCUGCCGGUUGUUUGGGCGAGUAGCCCUUCUUCCGUCCUACCGCGAGGACAGGAAGGCGUCCUUCCUUGGGAAAGAAUUUGCAGCAAAGGACCUCAUGGAAGCCAGCAAUGUCCGGCGGUGGGUUCUUUGGGAGUCCCACGAGAUCAACUUCCGCUGCAAGAUGAUGGCUUUGGAUACGUACCUCAUGCAGCGGAAGGAUUGGCAGGAGAUCCAUCGUUGGAAUAGGGAAGCGGCAGUGUCGGCAGUUUGGGGCAGUAACGCUUCGGUCCUCAGUGUAUUGCCGGAAGACCAUUUGGUAGGGGAGUCCCAUCGAUGGAUGUCAGCGGCGAACUCUGGUUGGCGCACUUGCUGCGACUCUUUGGCUGCUUUCGUCAAAGUUAUGGAACGUUGGCCCACAUUUCCUCGUUCUCUGCUCGGGACUGCCAUGAACGCUCCUGAGUGGGAUCAGGUACGGUACGCUGCGGUGUGCGACGAGGCAGUCAGGUUCUAUGUAAAUACUUUCGUGCAAGUCUACAAGAGGCUACCUAUUCCUCCCAUUCCCCCAGCCGUAACCUUGGACGCGUAG